CACCGACCUGCCAACCUCCUCCAGCUACGUACAUCGCAGCGCCUCGCAUCGUCUCCAUCCGCUCGCCCGCCCACGCCCUUCCUAAUCGCCCCCCCUCGACCCAACACGCAUUGUCUUCUAGUACGGCGCUGUCUCGCUGAUAGUCAGAAGCAAUGAGUGACCCGCGGGAGCCCUCCUACUCCAUCGUGCCGAGAAUUCGGUACAACACCGUCGGCGGUGUCAACGGACCCCUCGUCAUCCUCGAGAAUGUCAAAUUCCCUAGAUACAACGAGAUUGUUUCCUUGACCCUGCCCGAUGGAACCAACAGACAGGGCCAGGUCCUCGAGGCUCGAGGUGACAGAGCCGUCGUCCAGGUCUUUGAGGGAACAUCAGGCAUCGAUGUUAAGAAGACGAAAGUUGAGUUCACCGGCCAGAGCUUGAAGCUUGGUGUGUCGGAGGACAUGCUGGGUCGUAUCUUUGACGGUUCCGGACGAGCUAUCGACAAGGGCCCCAAGGUCCUUGCUGAGGAUUACCUCGACAUCAACGGCAGUCCCAUCAACCCCUUCUCCCGUGAAUACCCCGAGGAGAUGAUCUCGACCGGUAUCUCUGCCAUCGACACCAUGAACUCCAUCGCCCGUGGACAAAAGAUUCCUAUUUUCUCCUCGUCUGGUCUGCCGCACAACGAAAUCGCCGCCCAGAUUUGCAGACAGGCCAGUUUGGUCCAGAAGCAGGGUAUCACCAACAAGGGUGUCCACGACGGUCACGAGGAGAACUUCUCCAUUGUCUUCGGUGCCAUGGGUGUCAACUUGGAAACCGCCAGAUUCUUCACCCGCGAUUUCGAGGAGAACGGCUCUUUGGAGCGUGUCACCCUCUUCCUCAACCUUGCCAACGACCCUACUAUCGAGCGUAUCAUCACUCCUCGUCUCGCGCUUACGACCGCCGAAUACUACGCCUACCAGCUCGAGAAGCACGUUCUCGUUAUUCUUACCGAUCUGUCCGCUUACUGCGACGCUCUUCGUGAGGUCUCAGCCGCCCGUGAAGAAGUCCCGGGUCGCCGUGGUUACCCCGGUUACAUGUACACCGAUUUGUCCACCAUUUACGAGCGCGCCGGUCGUGUGGCGGGUCGCAACGGUUCCAUCACCCAGGUGCCCAUUUUGACCAUGCCCAACGAGGAUAUCACUCACCCCAUUCCCGACUUGACGGGUUACAUUACGGAGGGUCAGAUCUUCGUCGACAGAGGUCUUUACAACCGUGGUAUCUACCCGCCCAUCAACGUUCUGCCGUCUCUGUCUCGUCUCAUGAAGUCUGCCAUUGGCGAGGGCAUGACCCGCAAGGACCAUGGCGAUGUUUCCAACCAGCUCUACGCCAAGUACGCCAUCGGUCGUGACGCCGCUGCCAUGAAGGCUGUCGUCGGUGAGGAGGCUCUGUCAGCUGAGGACAAGCUUUCUCUGGAGUUCCUCGAGAAGUUCGAGCGCCAGUUCAUUAACCAGGGCCAGUACGAGGCUCGCACCAUUUACGAGUCUCUCGACCUCGCAUGGAGCUUGCUCCGUCUCUACCCCAAGGAUCUGCUCAACCGUAUCCCCGGCAAGAUUCUCAACGAGUUCUACCAGCGUGCGGCCAAGGAGGCCAAGGACAAGGGCAAGCAGAGACAGCAGGUGCAGCAAAACGAGGAGAACCUGAUUGACGCAUAAGCAGGGACACCAAAUGCGGGUGCUUGAUAUUCCCGAGAAGUCGGCAGCGUAGUAGGACAACCGGUCGACGUUGUGUAUACGUAUGAGGGGGCACGAGAGUGAGAGUUGGGCAACUUUGGACCUAGACAAUGGCAUGCAAUUAUUAGUUUCUACACAUGCCAUGUCUCAGUGAUGUUCUCGUGUUUGCAGAAGAUGUGCGCGCCAGAUAUUCAUUAUUUACAGAACCAUCAUUUUCAUUACUAUCCGGGACGAAGAAAGAGCGUGAUGGUUAAA